AUUAAACGUAAAAGGAGAGACCAAAAAACACAAUGAAGACCAGAGGAGACCUGAGAGAGGCGAGGCUAAACUGAAACAUGAAGUUAAAUGAACGAAGUGUGGCAUAUUAUGCCACCUGUGAUUCUCCAACUGAUAAAACUGGAUACUUGCACAAAAAGGGAGAGCGAAACACUGCUUAUCACAGGCGCUGGUUUGUUUUGAAGGGUAAUCUGUUUUUUUACUUUGAAGAAAAGGACAGUAAAGACCCAAUUGGAGUGAUCAUACUUGAGGGAUGUACUGUGGAGUUAUGUGAAUCUUCAGAGGAUUAUGCCUUUGCUAUCAAGUUUGACAGUUCUAAAUCACGAACGUAUAAAAUGGCUGCUGAGAGCCAGCGAGAAAUGGAAUCUUGGGUUAAAGCUUUAUCUCGUGCAAGCUUCGACUAUAUGAGAAUUGUUGUGAAGGAACUCGAGAAACAAUUGGAAGAGAUGCAGCAAAAUAGAUCCAGCAGCCGUAAAAGCCAGAAAAAAUCACUAUUGCGAAAACAAGCAAACUAUCCUCACAGUACACCAGUAAUCUCACAUAAUUUCUCAGUAUCUUAUAAGAUUCCUGUUAAGGAGAAUGGUUAUGUCCCCUGGAAUACCAUUCAAGAUCAAACUAUUGAUAAUGAAUUGAAUGGUAAAGCACACUCUGGUAAUGACAAUAAUGAUAUCUCAAAAUGUGUCUUAGACCAUCCACCUGAAAGACCACUACAUACGCAACGCUUGCCACCACCUCUUCCCCCUAGGAGGAGAUCAGCAACAGGAGGUGUAACAUCUGCAGUUGGUAGUCUGAUGCUUGCCCAGGAUGAUAAUACACCAACAGGAGUAUUCAGCUUUACUAGAUUACAUGAAUGGUUUGGUAGGGAUAUAAUACAACUGCGACGGCAAUGGCAGGAGAACAAGUUUGGAAGUAUUGAUCAAUCACAACCAGAUCAAAUGGUUUGAAUUAACACUAUAUCACUCCUUGUGCAGUUCCUUUGAAAGGACAAUAUUGAGCUUAAGUUUUAAACUUAAUUCUGUUUCUUUGCCUCCACAUUCUAAAGCUUCAUGGAAAGUACACAAACAAUACUAUACAUAAACAUAUUUUUAAUUUCUAUUAAAAUCUGGCUGGAACCAGCAAGUGAAGCACUUACUAUAGAAAUUGAACAUUUGGAGUGUUGUAUAUCAUUUGCUUUUUCUUUCUAUUUUAGUUUUACUGUUCCUGAUGGAGAAAUGAAGAUGCAACUUAAGGAAAGCCCUAUUUCUUUUUAAAUAGCCUAAUGAGUAAAAGUACCAAUUUGAUGCAGAACUAAUGUCUGAAUAUAAAGGUUUGGCAUCCAGUACUUUCUCAUCCCAGCCAGAACUUUUAUUAAUUUACCAUAGUAGUUGGCCAUUGUCAGCUGGUGGGGGAGACUACUUGAUGCCUCACCCUUUUGGGAAUGGAUUGCUAACAAGCUCUCUGUAGGUUUCUAAAAGAAUAGCCAUCAUUUGGAGCUACUGGUACCUAUUCAACUGAAUCACAACAUGUGACAGGUAUAGCCUUUCUUUAAUAAGUAGGUUCCUUUCCUCAAAUAGAUCUUGCAACCCAUCACUGGCAUUACUCAACAAUUUUCCAGCACUGCCAUCUCUUAAAAGUUCUGGUUAAUCAUUUGAACUUGAAUAACACUCAUUUUACAAGGAGCUGCUUUACAAAACACUAAUUCAAAUAACUACUACACAUUAGCAUUAUGAAAAUACAUUGACGACAAAUGCUAAUUAAUGUAUAGUACUUUUAUUUGUCAUGUUUAAAGGGAACAGAUACAGUACCUCAAGUGCCUUAAUCAAACACCAUAAUAAUUGAAGGCAUCUGUAGAGGAAUACAUAUUUAUUGUUCGGAAAUCCAUUUGAUUUGUUUUUUUUAAAAAUACUGUAAGUACUAAUGUGUCAGGAGUUCCCAGGGGCUUGAAUCAGGCGGCUUAAAAAAACCACUACAUACACGUUUCAAACCACCUCUGCUCCCUAGCAUAGGUGUAAUAUGUAAUACUGAGCCAAACAGAACACAUGUACUCCAUGUUUGGUCCCUUGGUCUAGGCAGAUUCAGUUGAUCCCAGGUGAGAUAUGGGUCAGGAGGUAAAAUUUGCUCAAGUUUCCUGAGUCAAAAGGACAAAAAGGUUGGAUUGUUUUUCUGAUCACCAUCGAGUAACAAUUGCUAGGAAGUACAAAUGUGGAUAUUAAAUGAGGACAGUUGAAGCAUAGCUUGAGAGAAUACUUUGUUGACACUCCCAGGUGAGUUGUACGAGCAAAGCCACAUGUAGCACUGAGUUGAAAAACUGAUGAUUGGGAAUUAACUGUCUUUUAAACAUGGCCCAAUUAUUCUUUAUCAACUGCAGUCACCCCUGGCUUUCUCAAAAUGACUUUCGCUUUUUUUCUGUCUCUGGAAGAUUGUAUGGUGACAGACAGAGUUGUUGGUCCUCGUAGAAUACUCCAUUUCUAGGGAAGGGUGCCAACUAACUAGAUCAUUUCCCAUCACUUUUACACCUCCAUGAGCUUUCAAUAGAUGGGGACAAUUGAUUUUUAAUAGCAAGUUGUAUAACUUUUUUUAAAAAAAAAGUCUAUAAGUGGAUCUUUGGCAAGUUAUUGGUUUAUAUGAUGUUCUGGUUCAGGUGGAGUCUGUGAAAAUUACUCUGGCUGUAUUUUAAAGAAAUCUUUUACCAAGGUUCUGAUAUUAUUAAUAAAUGGAUAGAGCAUAUUAAUUAUUAAUUGAGGCAUUUUCCAAUAAUUAGAGUUCUAAGAGUGGAACCUGGUAAAAGUUCCAUUUAGCAUUAUAUAGGCAAAGUCAACCAAUGUCAUUUAUGAGUAUCACCACAAACUGUAGCAUAAUUGAUUCAUUAGUGGUGCAGUUUUAGUGGUCUAUCUUUUGAACAACAAGGCCAUGGCUGAAAUUGACAGCACAUCCUCCAAAAAUACAACUAUGGCAGAAUUUUUAAAAGAAAUUCUAGCAUUUAACCUGUACUUUUAUCUGCUGUUUGUCAUUACCACUUCUGUAGUCAAAUAAUCAAUUGCCAAUCACUCCCCUGGCUCCCACUACAAAAUCAUUAUUUGAAAUAUCAUUGUCACUUAUGAAUCUGAUCUUCAACAUAUGAUUCCUCCUUUUUAUCUCUAGUUUGGGGGAUAAAAUAUCUAUUGGCGUGAGUGAAGAGAAGUGGAACAUUUAGUGAAACAAAAAUGCAGGAAAAUUAUGAUCAUUUUUAAAUGAAUGGUUAGAUGUUUACUAAACGUUUCAAAUUGGAGUUUGGCUAUCAUGGGAUACAAUGUUUAAGUACUUGUUAUUUUUGUUGCUAUCCUCCCUUCGCCCUCACCAACAAGCACUCCUGAACAUAAGUGUCAAACUAUGAACAUCUAGUUUUUGUAACUGUAGUUGAAAAAGGAAUGAAUCAACUUUGGUGUUUGUUAACUUUUGAUAGAUUCUCCCUAAGCUAUGAAAUACGUUUAAUAUGCCUCUGUACUUCAACUUCCUCUUUUGGUUGGCAAUGCUAAAUGUGAAUACAGUUGAAUAACUUUUUAUAAGCAAGGAAAAAAUAUUUUGUUUCCAAUAUUAGAUGCCACUUGACUGUGUCAUACACAGACAUCACAAAGUAUGGUAAAAGAAAUUCUUUCACAUUCAUAAAACGUGUUAGUUAUCCUGAGGGCAGAAUCAAAAAUAUUGUUUAUGGUUUUAGAGGUAUAAGGAUGCGUCUCCCUCAACUUCACUGUUUGUGAUGAUUUUUGUAUACUGUUAAAUUCUUUGAUUUUUAAAUAAAUGCAAUAAUUUUAAGAGCAA